GCAGUCGUGCGUCUGAUGAAGCUGGGACGCUGUAAAAACAUCGUGGUGGUGACUGGAGCGGGAAUCAGCACGGCCAGUGGAAUCCCAGACUUCCGAACUCCAGGAACAGGUCUGUACGCCAACCUGGAGAAGUACAACGUCCCGUAUCCCGAAUCCAUUUUCAACAUCGACUUCUUCACCAACGACCCGCUGCCUUUCUUCUCACUGGCCAAAUCGCUGUAUCCAGGCAACCACCGGCCAAACUACAUCCACUACUUCAUCCGAACGCUCCACCAAAAGGGCCUCCUGCUCCGGACGUACACGCAGAACAUAGACGGGCUCGAAAAAUUGUGCGGGAUCCCAGAGGACAAACUUGUAGAGGCUCACGGUUCCUUCGCCACAGCGUCGUGUCAUCUCUGCUACACGCCGUAUCCAUCUGACGAGGCCAAGGAGGCCAUCAUGAACGACCAGGUCCCCACGUGCUCCUUCUGUGCCGCUGCGGUCAAACCUGACGUCGUGUUUUUCGGGGAGGAUCUUCCACAGAAAUAUUUCUUGAAUUCUGAAGAUUUCCCAAAAGCCGAUCUGCUUUUAAUCAUGGGCACGUCCUUACAGAUUGAGCCGUUUGCCAGUUUGGUGAACACCGUCCGUCCCUCUGUGCCUCGUCUGCUCCUGAACCGUGACCCCGUGGGCCCCUUCACCAAAGUCCCUCUGAGGAAAAAGGACUACGUGGAACUGGGCGACCUGGAGGACCUGGUGCGGAGGUUUGCUCAGAUGUUGGGCUGGAAUGAAGACGUGGAGGAGAUGAUGAGAGCACAAGAAGCUGCAAUGAGCAGUACGUCGCUGUGCCAACAGUCAGAGCCGCAGACCCGGAGCUGAGGCACUGACUAGAAGCUGUGCAGUUUUUCCUCCAACAUUGCAGCACUGAACCAAUCCAGGAGAAGAAAAAGAGGAUUCCGCUCUCAGAUGUGCCUCAUUAAACUGAUC